AUGGCUCCCCUAUCCGACCUACACAAAGAAGAAUAUCUUCCACUACGAGAUGGAGGCGACUCAGACUCAUUGGAAGAUGCAAUUGGCCGUGACACCGAUAAUAUACUCCAACGGUCACAGCAGCGAGCCAUGAAGAACGCUCGCAUACUCAAAGUACUAACAGGCGCCAUUCUGGUCCUGAAUAUCUUGUUGUUAUUUGGGCUUUUCUUCGUGUUCAGCCAUCCCCAAGUGGUUAUGAGUGAUCAAAAAUGUGCUCGUCAGCUCUCUACUAUAGGCCCUGGACUCGACGCCGUGGAGUACCAAACAGUCACCUUCAAAGGCGCCCAGGAUGACGUUAAUCCAUACAAAGGACAUCCCAGCCCCGAGCUUGAUGCUGCCUGGGGUCAACUCACUGAAGUUCGCCAUGUCUCUAUUUCUCCGGAAAUUAUGGUCUCUAUAAACAAGUCAAACAACAAUGCCGUCCAAUUGCCUGACGGUAACUAUCUUGGUGCCACCGAAGUAUUCCACCAGCUGCAUUGCUUGAAUCUGAUACGGCAGCACUCGUAUAAAGAGUACUACGAUGUGGACGGACGACGACCCCCGGGUCUCACAGACAGUCCUGCCACGCUUCGACUGCACGUGGAUCACUGCAUCGACAUUCUCAGACAGAAUAUUAUGUGCACUGGGGACACCAGCGUUAUCACUCAUAACUGGGUGCAGGGAUAUCAAUUCCCAUAUCCGAAUUUCAACACGCAACACAAGUGCCGGAACUUCGACAAGAUCGUCGAGUGGGAGAAAGAGCACCAGAUCAUGGACCCUACUCGCCCUGCAGAUGCAAUCGUUCUGCAGACUCCUCCAACAUACUAA